AUGCUUGCUCGCAUUAGUUUCAUAUCGAUCAAUAGUUGUGACGUGUUCAGUAUCGCCAGUUCUGAUGCAAUUCAGAUGCCGAAGAAGAGAAUGUGGACGGGGUCAGAAGACCGUGCAGUGUUCGUGACGACUUCUGCUAGAAAAUCAUCCCCAUCGUUUGUUGAUAGAGUGUUAGAGACGUUGAAGAAUGCGUUUGCGUCCACGCCGAAGCCGACACGACAUAUUCGUGAGCAAUUGGCACAAGAAACCGGACUCAAUAUGAGGGUUAUACAGGUAAGCUCAUUUCCGUUCGAAAUUUCAUCGUCAUGGUCCCAAUAA